AUGGGCCUUUGCCGAUCCAAGGCAAGACGAGAGAAAUAAGAAACUUCAAAACAACCUUCCACAAAAAAGCAAGAAACCUUUGAAGUUGGUCCCGACAAUUUUGUAACAUAAAAAUAAGGCUAAGUUACAAGUUAUUAUCGGGUUGAAAAAUGUCUUGGAAAAGGUAAAUGUUUGAAGUACAAUAUAUAGGUGCUUAUGGAGAAGUUCGAUUAGUUAUUCAUAAGCAAACAGGAUAAAGAAGAGCAAUGAAACAAAUAAAGAAAGAUAAAAUUGUAAAAGAGGACGAAGAAACCUUAUUAAAUGAAGUCACAAUACUAAAAUAAUUAGAUCAUCCAAAUAUUGUAAAAUUGUAUGAAUUGUUUCAAGAUAAAAAUAGCUACUAUUUAAUUACUGAGUAUUAAAAUGCAUAUAUAUAUUUAUUUAGAUACUUAGAAGGAGGUGAAUUAUUGUAAAGAAUUUCAGAGUAUAAAACAUUUACUGAAAAAAUUGCUGCCGAAUUUUUAAAAUAGAUAUUAUCUGCAGUGAUGUAUUUUCAUGAAAGGAAGAUAGUUCAUCGAGAUCUAAAACCUGAAAAUAUUUUAUUAGAAUCUAUGAAAUAAGGAGCAAAUCUAAAAAUUAUAGAUUUUGGAACAUCUAGACGAAUAUAAGAGAACUAAUUUUUGACAAAGAAAUUAGGAACUGUAAAUUUUAUAUUUAAUCAUUUAGCCUUAUUAUAUAGCUCCAGAAGUUUUAAAAAAGAAAUAUAAUGAAAAAUGUGAUGUUUGGUCAUGUGGAGUUAUAUUAUAUUAGAUGUUGAGUGGCAAAUUACCAUUUGAUGGAUAAUCUGAUGAAAUUUUAUUAAAAAUUGAUAUUGGGAAUUAUGAUUUUCCAAGUAAUUUUAAUAAAAUUAAUACGUUAUAGCUGAAAAUUGGAGUGGAAUUUCUGAUUAAGCAAUUAGUUUAAUUAAAAAAAUGAUGGAAAGAGAACCUAAUAAAAGGAUUACAGCAAAGUAAGCAUAUGAAGAUCCAUGGAUUUAAAAUAAUGUUCAUGUUGCCAAAAUUGAUACUCGAUAACUUAAAAAUUUAUAAUCUUUCUAUGUAUUAUAACAAAAUAUAUUAAGAGUAAAAAUAAAGUUAGAACAGCUUUGAUGCAGUUUAUAACAACAUAAGUAAUGACAAACUAAGAAAAAGAAGAAUUGAUAACUCUAUUUAAGUCUAUUGAUAAAAAUGGAGAUGGAUUAUUAAGUAAAGAAGAAUUGUUAGCUGGUAAAUUAAUUUAAAUAAUUUAGUAUACAGUUAACAAUAUGAUCCUUUGAAAGCCUAAUAAAUGGUUGAAGAAGUAUUUGAGAAAGUUGAUAUCAACAAAACAGGAGCAGUUGAUUUUACUGCUUUUGUAUCUGCAGCAUGUCAAUAAGAAAAAAUUCUAAAUAAAAUAAAAUUAGAACAAACUUUCAAAAUUUUUGAUAUUGUAAAAUUAAAUAAUUUAAAUUGAUAGAAUGGAGAUGGAUAAAUCAGUAAGGAUGAAUUAUAAGAAAUAAUGGGAGGAAUAGAUGAUUAAUUAUGGUAAGAAAUCUUAUAGACAUGUGAUGGAAAUGGAGAUGGCGAAAUCUAAUUCGAAGAAUUUAUUACUUAUCUUGUUUAAAAAUAUUGA